CUAGGAUUGGCUCUGGGCUCUGGGCUCUGGACUCAGGUCACGGAUUGGCUGUGGGAUCUCCGGGAUCGCAGACUGGACCAGGGGUAGCUUCUUUGGCUUAGUCAAUUCUUGAGCCUGGACAUUUGAAAGGCAGAUUUCUCUGGAGGACUUAUGGGCUUCGGAUUUCACUGUUUGCUGGGCCUUUCAUGGAAAAACAGGAAGCAAAAAGAAGAGCAUGGAAGAGAGGUUAGCCUGAGCUCAGAAUUUUGAAAAUACUUCUUUGAAAAAGGUCUAUUUCCCCUAGAAAAUUACAGAAAUCUAUUGCAUAAAAGCCUUUAUCAUCUUUAUUAAAGAGCUGAUAACAUAUAGAAAUAUAUUUGAUGAUAAUAGCACAGAGAAGGCACAUAGGAGCAUAACUGUAUUGGAGUGAAAACUGACACCUGAUACUAACUCAAAUACAGAUGAAUUAAUGGACCGCAAAUUGCUUUUGGGGAAUGAAGGAGAGAAUGGAAGAUCUCUGCUUGUCUGUCUGUCUGCAUUUCAAGCAAAUAAAAACUCAUCUCUUCCCUUGCAGACAAGGUAACGUCCUGGACAUGGCCUCGGAGAGCCUCAUGGCAGAACCCCUGUGCCUCAUUGAGAACACCAAUGAGCAGUUCACGGUCAAUGAGGAGGCCGUGCAGAUCCUGUCUGCCAUUACACAGCCCGUGGUGGUGGUGGCUAUCGUGGGCCUCUACCGCACGGGCAAGUCCUACCUCAUGAACAAGCUGGCUGGGAAGAAGAAGGGCUUCUCAGUUGGAUCCACCGUGCAGUCUCACACCAAGGGCAUCUGGAUGUGGUGUGUGCCUCAUCCUGAGAAGCCCGACCACACCCUAGUUCUGCUUGACACAGAAGGUCUGGGUGAUGUAGAGAAGGCUGAUGACAGCAAUGAUAUCAAGAGCUUUGCACUGGCGAUCCUAUUGAGUAGUACCUUUGUGUACAAUACCAUGAGCAAAAUUGACCAGGCAUCUAUGGACCUCCUGAACAAUGUGACAGAACUGACAGAUCUGCUGAGGGUGAGAACCUCACCUGACCCAGAUGUGGGUGAAGAUGCUGCUGACCUUGUGAGUUUCUUUCCAGACCUGGUGUGGACUCUGAGAGAUUUCUUCCUAGACCUUCAAAUAGACGGGCAGCUCAUCACAGCAGAUGAAUACCUGGAGAACUCACUGAAGCUGAAAGAAGGUGAUGAUCAAAGAACUCAGUCCUACAAUUUGCCCCGUAAGUGUAUAAAGAAGUUCUUUCCAACAAGAAAAUGCUUUAUCUUUGACUCACCCACUGACUUGAAGAAGAUUUCCCAACUUGAGACACUGAGUGAUGAUGACCUGGAACCUCUAUUUGUGCAACAAGUGGCAGAAUUCUGUUCCUACAUCUUUAAUCAUUCUAUGACCAAGACUCUUCCAGGAGGCAUCAAGGUCAAUGGACCUUUUCUAGAGAGCCUGUUGCUGACCUACAUCAAUGCCAUCAGCCGUGGGGAUCUGCCUUGCAUGGAGAACGCAGUUCUGACCUUAACCCAGAAGGAGAACACGGCUGCUGUGCAAAAGGCCAUUGCCCACUACGACCAGCAGAUGAGCCAGAAGGUGCAGCUGCCCACAGAAACCCUCCAGGAGCUGCUGGACCUGCACAGUGCUUCUCAGAGAGAGGCCAUCGAAGUCUUCAUGAAGGACUCCUUCAAGGAUGUUGAUCAAAAGUUUCAGAAGGAAUUAGAGGCACUACUGGAUGCAAAGCGUGAUGACUUUUGUAAACGGAACUUGGAAGCCUCAUCGGAUCUUUGCUCAGCUCUGCUUCAGGAUAUUUUUGGUCCCCUAGAAGAAGCAGUGAAGCAGGGGACUUAUUCGAAACCAGGAGGUCACAAUCUUUACCUUCAGAAGACAGAAGAGCUGAAGGCAAAGUACUAUCAGAAGCCCAGGAAAGGAAUACAGGCUGAGGAAGUUCUGCAGAAGUAUUUAAAGUCCAAGGAGUCUGUGAGCGCUACAAUUCUGCAGACAGACCAGGCUCUCACAGCCAGAGAGGAGGAGAUGAAAGAGGCACGCAGGCAAGAGGAGGCGGCAAGGGCUGAAGCAGAAAGGUUGGAGGCCGUUCAACGGGAGAACCAGCGGCUGAUGGAGGAGCGGGAGAGGCGCCACCAGGAAGAGGUGCGGCAAAUGGAGAUGAACAGAGCACGGAUGUUGGAAGAGCAGCAGAGGGCCAAGGAGCGCCGGCUCCAGGAAGAGGCUCAGAGGCUGAAUGCAAUACACCAAGCCGAACAAGCACGACUUCAGGAGGAGCUCCGUAGACUCCAGCAAGUUUCUCGACCUUCAAAUGAUGAUUGCAUCUUACUCUAACAUGGUGAACACCAGAGCUUCCUUUCCACCAAAGAGACAAAGGAAAAAAACACUGUAGACAUUUAGAAAUCUACACUUAAAGAAGCUAGUAAUUACUAUACUGAUGUUUUCUAUCGAGUUAUAAUGUUGUGGUGCCGAUUAUACAACAAGGGUGAUUUUAUCACUGCCUUCAUUUAGGGAUGAUACUAGGCUACAUGAGGGGCAGAUUUCUCCUGCAUCUCGGUGCCACCUGUCUAGUCUUCCCUAUUUCUCUCAAGGACAUUUUCAGUUAUGGAGAGGGUCCGUCAUGUAUAGUCAGGUCAGUCACAUAGGCUCAGUCAAGUAGAGCUUAAUCAAUCAAAAUCCUGAGCUUAGUUGGACAUCACUCCUGUUGGUGGGCAUGUGCUAGAUACAUGCACAGUUCUCCUGGGUGGAGGCCUGUUUGAGAGGGCUGAUGUGGCUCCUCAGCUGUGCCAUAGCCCAUUUGCACAGAGACACAGUGAGCUGAGCACUGAUGACGAUCUUGUGAGAUGGGUGUUUUAGAAGGUGAAAGCACUACCAACAUGGAGAUCGUGUUGUGAGCUUUAAGGCUAAAGAAAGCUUUUCUUUUUGUUCACCCUGAAAAAGGGCAUGGCAUUAGCAGGCUCUUUGAAAAUCUGAGAUAAUUUAUAUUGUGGUUAAUCAGGUUGCAUUCCACGUUUAUAGUUUUGAGAGCUGAUACAGCGGUGGUAUCAGCAGUGCAGAAUGAGGUGCCAACAGAUCUGAUGGGGUUAAUUCAAUUGGAUUUUUGGGCAUAGUGCUACAGUUAAAUGAUCUUAAAUCUUUGCAAUCAUUUGUAAAAGUCACUGGUUUUUCUCUUAAAAUUAUAAAUUAUAUGUCUGUAUAUAUUUCUAGCCACAAAAACAUUUAAAAAUUAUAACCCAGUAUUGCCUUGUUUUUAUUUUCCUCAGUAGUAAACAUCCAGAAAGAAGUCUGAAUUUCCAAGAGGAAAUGAACAAUUACUUUAACACUUGAAUUAAAACACGUUUUACUGUAUCUUUUUAUUGUGUUUUUGCUGUUAUUGUUGAUGCCUUUUUUAUUUAUCUCCAGUAAAAUG